UCUUCCUCCUCCUCAAGUGCUAUGACAGGCAAACUCGUGGAGAAGCUGCCAGGGACCAUGAACACUUUGAUGAACCCGUUGCCCGACAAUUUGUACCCGGAGGAGAUCCCGAACUCUCUGAACAUUUUCUCCGGCAACGGCGAGGCAACGGCGGCUCACUAUAAUAACCAGAUGGCGACAGAUAAUGUUAUGGAUAUUGGUUUAGCCAGCGACAAGCCCGGCCAGGACUUGUCCUCCUACUCGGGCUCCUUCCAGCCCGCUCCGGGGGGCAACAAGACGGUGACCUACCUGGGCAAGUUCGCCUUCGACUCGCCGUCCAACUGGUGCCAGGACAACAUCAUCAGCCUGAUGAGCGCCGGCAUCCUGGGGGUGCCGCCGCCCUCCUCCAGCGCGCAGGCCUCGACGGGCAGCCUGGUGCAAGCGCAAAGCCAGGCCGAGGUGGACGGCAUGUACCCGGCGCUGCCCCCUUACUCCACCUGCAGCGACCUUUACCCGGGCGACCCGGUGUCCUUCCACGACCCGCAGGGCAACGCCGCCGGCCUCGCCUACCCCGCGCAGGACUACCAAGGAGCCAAGCCCGCCAGCAGCCUGGACGGGAACCUCUUUCCCAUGAUCCCGGACUACAACCUCUACCACGGGCACCCCAACGACCUGGGCAGCCUCCCCGAGCACAAACCUUUCCAGAACCUGGACCCGAUCCGGGUCAACCCGCCCCCCAUCACCCCUCUGGAGACCAUCAAAGCCUUCAAGGACAAGCAAAUCCACCCGGGCUUCGGCAGCCUACAAGGGGGCACCAAAGCGCAGUGCCUGCUGCCCGUGGAGACCGUGUAUGCAUGCGUGUGCCUGUGCGUGGAAGUGUGCGUGCGCCUGCCUGCCGAAGGCUUCGCCUUCCCGGGCAGCGGCUUGCUCGUCUUUGCCGCUGGUGUCUGGGGGCAGGCCAAGUUCUUCCUGGAUUCCAAACGCGGCGGCGGCGCCCCUUCCUUCUCGCUCUCCCGGGCCGCUCUCCUCGCCUUGAGCCGCAGCCGCCUCGUGUUCUGGCUGCUGCUCCCUCCCCCGCCCCCCAGCUCCGCCAUAUACUUGUCUGGCCCAGGCCAAAGCAAGGGCCGAAAGGGCCGCCCCUUCCCCUAG